AUGGCGAGAAAAAGAAAACUAACACGAGCAGAAAAACUCGGCUUGCCACCAAGAGUAUCACUCCGCAAGCCUCGGCCAGGAGAGGAACCACCCGACCCAAACAACGUUCAAGUCCGCCUUACUCGUCUUACUCCUGGUCAAUUUGAUACCUUUACGAAAAAGAUUGUUCCAAAGGAUGGAAAAAAAUUUCCUCAAUCAAGCUUGCCAGAGCCGUUUAAAACCAAAGAUAGGUUCUUGGAUUUAUUUCAAAGAAUUUCAAGCCCCAAUACUCUUGAAAAUAUGCAAAAAGUACAACACAUUAUUGAUGAGAUCCUACCUGAAAAUGAGAGAAGCGAUACCGAAGCUGCAAGAAAUUUCAGAGAGAAAAAGUAUAACAAGUUCGCAGUGAAUGUUGCAGAAGGCUCAUUGGCUCAUUCUCGUUGCCAACGGCUCAUUCCAAGCACAGUAGUGCUUGACUAUGACCUUGACUAUGUGGUUGAAAAAAAAAAUGAAAGGUGA